AUUACGAACUCGAUGGUCGUUUUAAAGAAAAUCAUCACAUCAAGCAAAAUCGUGGCCUACUCAUGAUGUUCAUAUAGAGCAGCAAGUAUGUAGCUCGAUUUUCAAGCGGUAUCCUCGUGAGUUGUUUGAAUCCUCUUCCUCUGCCUUUUAUUCAGGUAACGAGUCUAACGUUAUUGCGUGUGUGAUUGGAGGAGUUUCUGUGGAAAUGCUGGUCGACUCUGGUGCCGAUGCCAAUCUUAUCAGUGGAGAGAUGUGGCAGAAGAUGAAAAGCGAGCAGAUAGAGGUGUUUACAUCAAAGAAAGGCAGUUCCCGGAUCUUACGUGCCUACGGAAGUAUGGCGCCUCUCGUUAUUCUCGGAUCAUUCGUUGCAAAUAUUUCAGUUGGAGAUCAACGCAUUAGGGCAGAGUUUUUCGUUGUCGAAGGAGGGCAACGGUGUCUACUGGGGGAUAAGACUGCUAAGGAAUUAGGUGUGCUGAAGGUUGGGCUCCACAUAAACAGCAUCGAAGGUAGUCCUUUCUCGAAGAUGAAGGGUGUAAACGCAAAGAUACGGAUGCUACCAGAAGUAGUUCCAGUUUACCAACCUAUGCGACGCAUUCCCGUACCACUGGAAGAAGCAGUGGACCGGAAACUCGAUGAGUUACUUAAACGAGACAUCAUUGAAGUAAAAUCAGGACCUACGACCUGGGUUUCACCACUGGUUGUGGUUGGAAAAUCAAACGGGGAACCGCGACUAUGCCUCGAUUUGCGGAGAGUGAAUGAAGCGGUGUUGAGGGAACACCAUCCAAUGCCAUCAGUGGAUGACUACUUGGCAAAGCUAGGACGUGGCAGAUUGUGGAGUAAACUUGAUAUUAAGGAGGCGUUCUUACAAAUUGAGUUAGAAGAAGAGUCCAGAGACGUGACAACCUUCAUGACACGACGAGGACUAUAUCGUUUCAAACGAUUGCCAUUUGGAUUGGUCACUGCUCCGGAGCUAUUUCAGAAAGCGAUGGACGAGACUCUGCGUGGCUGCGAUGGGGUAUUCUGGUACCUUGAUGACGUGCUCGUUGAAGGAAAGGACCUAAAGGAGCACGAUGAACGCCUGGAUCAGGUUAUUGGUUAAUUUCUUAUUGAUGAAAUAAAUGAAGAAUUAUUUUUGAAAUAAAGUUAUGAUUUCUGUUCAGAAAAAAACUUGUUUGAUGUUAAGUGAGCUACUCUUUUAAGUAUGUAUUAUUGUUGUUUGCUUUGCAGGUUCUUACUCGAUUGAAAAAUCGAGGUAUUGAACUAAACUGGGAGAAAUGUCAAUUGCGUGUUACAGAGUUAGACUUCUUGGGGCACAAGAUAACUGAAAAUGGAAUAAUGCCGGCGAAGAGUAAAGUUCAAGCUAUUCAAUCUUUUAGGGAACCUCAAUGCGAGACAGAAUUGCGUAGCUUUUUAGGCCUUGCAAAUUAUCUUACAAAGUUCGUACCAAUGCUAGCUACUGUAGCAGAACCGUUACGGAGGUUACUACAUAAAGAUAAGAAAUUUGAAUGGACUGCAGAGCAAGUACAGGCAUUCAACGCUAUCAAAGAUGCUAUGGGCCGAAUUGAGAAUCUGGGAUUUUAUCGAGUUGAAGAUAAGACAGCAAUAAUUACUGACGCCAGCCCACAUGGUUUAGGGGCUAUUUUGAUCCAGAUUGAUGAUGUUGGUAAUCACCGUGUGAUCAGUUUUGCCUCUAAAUCUCUGACUGACACAGAGCGGCGCUAUUGCCAAACGGAGAAGGAGGCUCUAGCCAUUGUGUGGGGUGUGGAGCGCUUCCAAUAUUAUCUCCUGGGGAAAACAUUUGAUAUCUACACGGACUGUAAAGCUCUCAGUUUCCUGUUUACCCACCGUUCGAAACCAUGUGCGCGUAUAGAGAGAUGGGUAUUGCGCCUUCAGGCCUUUGACUACAAAGUAGUAUUCACGUCGGGAAAAAAGAAUGUGGCAGAUAUCUUGUCGCGUUUGUCAGUUCAAGAGGCGAUUCCGUUUGACCAGUCGGAAGAGAUACUAGUUCGCGAGAUUGUCACACAAGCAGUUAAUACUUCUGCUUUAGUAUGGCAAGAUAUUGUAGAAGCCAGCAAGGCAGACUCAGAGAUUCAGGAAGUUCUGGAACUGUUAGAAAAAGGAGAGGAUCAAAAUCUACCGAUUAAUUAUCGUGUGAUUGCUAAUGAGCUCUGUGAAAUUCAAGGCGUCCUUGUAAGGGGCGAUCGCAUAAUUAUUCCACUUUCUCUUCGGGAUAAAGUACUCUUGACUGCCCACGCAGGUCAUCCAGGAAUCACAAUGAUGAAGAAUCAUCUCCGAUCUCAUGUUUGGUGGCCAAAGAUGGACGCACAGGUAGAGAAGUUCGUAAAAAAGUGCAAGGGAUGUACAUUGGUAGGGGCACCAGAACCUCCGGAACCACUACAACGAAGUAAAUUACCUAGUUCUCCAUGGCAUACGAUAGCACUGGAUUUUUUCGGUCCUUUACCGGAAGGGCAAUAUCUUAUGGUUGUAAUAGACUAUUAUAGUCGUUUUAUGGAGAUUUGCGAAAUGGAUAAAAUAGCUGCGCGUGACGUUAUUCGAGAGCUUUCUAUUAUGUUCAGCCGAUACGGAAUUCCCGUUGCACUUAAAGCUGAUAAUGCUCCUCAGCUCAGUAGUGAAUG